AUGGGUGUCCGCAAGUACGUCAUCGGCGGCAACUGGAAGUGCAACGGGACAAUCCAAUCCGUGACCGACCUCUGCACGCAGCUCAAUCAAGUGGACAUCGCGUCGGACAAGGUGCAGGUCGUCGUGUCGCCUCCUGCUCUCCACAUUGCACUGGCCAAGUCCCUGUUGCAGGACAAGAUCGCCGUCAGUGCACAGAACGUGAGUCAAUCGGGUCUUGGUGCAUUUACAGGCGAGAUUGCAGCUGAGCAGCUGGUCGACUUUGGGCUCCAAUGGACCAUUACAGGUCACUCGGAGCGUCGGGCUUUGUAUGGCGAGACAGACGAGAUUGUAGCCAAGAAGACGAAGCGGGCAUUGGACGUGGGUCUGCAGGUCAUUUUUUGCAUUGGCGAGUCACUUGAAGAGCGCCAGAGUGAUCAGACUCUGGAUGUCCUGAUUCGGCAGACUCAGGCGCUGGCCGCGAUCGUGAACGAGGCCGACUGGGCCCGUGUCGUUAUUGCCUACGAGCCUGUUUGGGCCAUUGGCACCGGCGUUGUCGCGACACCGGCGCAGGCUCAAGAGACCCAUAAAGAGCUGCGGAGUUACAUUGCGGACAAGGUGUCUCCCAAAGUGGCGGAGAACAUCCGCAUCAUCUAUGGCGGCUCUGUUAAGGGCGAUAACUGCCAAGAGCUCAUUGCUCUCGACGACGUCGAUGGAUUCCUUGUUGGCGGGGCUUCACUCAAGCCUGAGUUUGCCAAGAUCAUUCAGAGUGCUGUUUAG